AUGGAUGAUCUUGCCGAUCAGUUUGGAAUUGGAACACUUCGAUUGACAACCAGACAAACAUUUCAGCUCCAUGGUGUUCUAAAGAAGAACCUCAAGACUGUGAUGAGCAGCAUUAUUCAUAGCAUGGGUUCAACUCUUGGUGCAUGCGGUGAUCUUAACAGGAAUUCUGGUUUCUACUAUGAUAUGUCGGUGGAUGGGGAGAAAAUCAUGAAGUUCAAAGUUGCAGUCACUGUGUCAACAGAUAACUCUGUGGAUCUUCUCACAAAUGAUGUUGGUGUGGUUGUGGUUACUGAUGCUGAUGGGGAACCUCAGGGGUUUAACAUAUAUGUUGGUGGUGGUAUGGGAAGAACUCAUAGGCUAGAGACCACUUUUCCUCGGUUGGCAGAAUCAUUGGGUUAUGAACCAAAGGAGGACAUUUUAUAUGCAAUUGAAAAUUCUUGA